UGAUACCCACGGCGAAUGGCGAGAAGAGAGAGAACUCAACGCCCGGGAGUAGCGUCAAUAAUUCGCUGAACAGCUUGCAAAACGAGCCGACAGGAAUGACGGCAGUGGUGGGUAGACAAAGAGCGGAGAGUGACCUCUCAGUAAUCAUCCCGACCCAGUACUCGCACUCCAACAGCCGCGCCCUCAGCCGCCUUCACACAACUGCCCCCGGGUAUGUCUCCCGAAUCACCCUAUCCCUGGUCGCAACGCCGCUUAAACUUCACCGCGGCGAACCCAUUCCCGCGAUAUGGCGCGGCUGUGAACGCGAUGGCGUCGAAAGAAGGCUACAUCUACCUCAUGGGCGGACUAAUCAACGGCACGACCGUCAAAGGGGAUCUAUGGAUGGUAGAAAGUGGGAUCCUGAACCCAAAUAACCCGCCCACGAGCACGGAAAAGUUCGGCGUGAUGGAUUGCUAUCCCGUCCCGACGAGAAUGGAGGGUCCCGGUCCUAGGGUCGGCCAUGCAAGUCUGCUUGUUGGGAACGCGUUCAUUGUGUUUGGCGGUGACACUAAAAUGGAAGAGGGAGAUGUGUUAGAUGACACGCUCUAUCUGUUAAACACGGCAACGAAGCAAUGGUCACGCGCCAUUCCCGCUGGCUCGCGUCCGUCCGGACGAUAUGGACACACGCUGAAUCUUCUAGGAUCGAAAAUCUACAUUUUUGGUGGCCAGGUGGAGGGGUUCUUCUUCAACGAUCUAAUCGCAUUCGACCUGAAUCAGCUUCAGAAUGCAGGAAACCGAUGGGAAAUCUUGGUCCCUAAUGGAGAACAUGACAAAAAUGGGCAGCGCAUUCCUCCGCCGCGCACAAAUCACUCCAUUGUUGCAUGGAACGAUCGCCUGUAUCUAUUCGGUGGUACAGACGGCACCAUUUGGUUCAACGAUGUCUGGACAUACCAUCCGGGAACCAACGCUUGGACCGAACUGGACUGCAUCGGAUACAUUCCUGCUGCUCGUGAAGGGCACUCCGCAGCGCUCGUCAACGACACCAUGUAUAUCUUCGGCGGUCGCGUCCAAGAGGGCUCCGACCUGGGCGAUCUAGCGGCUUUCCGAAUCUCUUCCCGGCGAUGGUACAUGUUCCAGAACAUGGGCAUGUCGCCAUCACCACGAUCGGGCCACAGCAUGACCAGCUACGGCAAGAACAUUGUCGUCGUCGGCGGCGAGCCGAGCUCGGCGCCGCGAGACGUGGCCGAACUGAGCGUCGCAUACAUCCUCGACACGAGCAAAAUCCGCUAUCCGACCACCGAGCCACCCUCCGGAACCCCAGUACCCGGAGGAAUGAUUGUGCAGCAGCAGGACCGUGCAACACCGCAGAGAAAAUUUUCAGGAGGCGAGGGACCGCCGGGCCCGCAUGCGAUGCGAGCAAUUGGACCACCGCCGAGUUCGGGAAUCCCGCAACCGCAGCAGAAAUCGCCACCCCAACUUCAUGUCCAACCCGUCAACGGUACCUCUCCCUCACCAGCUCUUGGAUCGAGACUACCCCAGCCAGCUCCGAGAGGGGCUGGACCACCACAACAACAGCCACCCCGUUUGAACGGCGUGGUAGCGACGACGUCCCCCGCAGCCGCGGCGAUGGCAGGGGCAGGCGCUGGUGGUCGAAAAACACCGACACGAUCCGACCGCCCACCACACGGCGUCGAGCAGGACCGGAAACAAUCGCAGGAGCUUUCCCGAUCCACGAGCGGUGCCACUUCGCAACUCCAGAUGAGCAGGCAAGGCAGUCGUUCGGACAGCCGCUUGCAGCGUGGACAGGGCAGUGUCGAUAGCAUUGAGGCGAUCGAGCGGGGGAUGGGGCGACCCAAUGUAGAUGGCCCUUCAACAGGCAGGUCAGGGAGUCGCAUGGACAACGCGCCCGCCCAGCAACCGCAAGAUACAGACGAUGGGCCACCCGCUGCAACUGCUCUCGCGGCCAUCGACUCCGGCAUUGGUUCCUACGGCUCCUCUCCCGCUCUCUCCCAAGAUCAGACCACAAUGGACAACGUGCAGCGCGAACUGGAGAAACUCCGCUCGCAAAACGCAUGGUACGCCAGCGAGAUUGCCCUGGCCCGCAAAUCCGGCUACGCGCCGACCUCCACGCCAUCCUCCUCCACCAACCCAUUCCUGUCCACCCCCACCGCCCCCAACCCUCCCCUAUCCGACCGUGCCUCCAUCUCGAACCCCGACUCCCUCCUCCCCAACAUCGCCGAAGAGGACCGCCCCCUCGUCGAGGCCCUCCUGCGCAUGCGCGCCGAGCUGUCCCGCGUGCAGCAGAACAUCGAGACGCAGGCGCAGCGCGCCGCGGCGCGCAUCGCAGAGGUCGAGAAACAGCGCGACGGCGCCGUCGGCGAGGCGAUGUACGCGCAGGCGAAGCUCGCGAGCAUGGGCGCGGCGUCCACAAGCGGGACGCCGGUCGGCGAGCGCGAUCGGUCGAUGAGCGUGGCGAGCGUGGGGCGGCGGGCCGGGUCAGCGACGCCGACGACGAUGUUGGCGGAGGAGAACGACCGGGUGCAGGAGAUGGGAAGGCGGUUGGCGGCGGCAUUGGCGGGGCAGAAGGAGGCAGGGAAGCGGGCGGAUGGUCUGCUGGCAGAGUUGGAGGCGGAGAGAAGGGCGAGGCAGUCGGCAGAGGAUACAGCGGAUACGGCGCAAGCGAGGGUGACGGAGUUGGAUGCGUAUCGGCAGCGGACGGUGGGUGAGGUGGAGGGUUUGAGGGCGGAGUUGCAUGAGGCAAUGAGGGUCGCGAGGGAGGAAGGGGCGAGGGCGGCGGAGGCGGUUGGGAAGGAGCGGUUGGCGGAGGUGGAGCUGGAGGAGCUGAGUGACCGAAUGAGGGGCCUUAUUGGGGAUGAGAAAGGCGGUGAAGAGGGGGGACUCGGUGGGUUCGUCAAGAGUUUGCGCGAGGCGGUCAAAGAGAGCGCGGAACGAGUGGAGCUGAUCGAGACCCGACUGCACGAGGAGCGGGCCCUGCGGGAGGAAAGCGAAUCGAAGAUCGUCCGACUCAAAGGGGAGCUUGAGGAGCGCGCUAUGGAGCUCGAAAGCCUGUCCCGGAAAACGCGAGACGCCGAGGACAUCGCGGAACGACACGCGGGCGAGGCCGAGAAGCACCGACGCGCCGUGUCCGAAGGACUCGAUCGGUGGGUGGCAUCAGCCGGAGGCGGCGGGGGCAACGACUCGCGACUGGCCGCGCUGCAAACGCAAAUCGAGACGGCGAACGCGCUGGUCAAGCAAAAUAUCGAGGCCGCGGAUACCGCGUCGGAGAAGUUGCGCCGCGCCGAAGAGCGCAUUGCGGGCCUAGAAUCCUACCAGGAACAGGCUAGUCGCGAGAGCUUGAAUGCCCGGAAACAAUUGCAAUCGGCUAUGCGUGAGGUCCAAGCGCUACAGGCCGAGAAAAACGAGUUCAACGCCACCGUGGAGAAGCAUAUGCUCGAGAGCAACGCUCUUGAAGUGCAGCUCCGCACGCUGAAGUCGCUGCUAGAAGACCGUGGUGUCAAUUCCGCCGAGAUGCGCCGCUCCCGAAUCCUUGACCGCGAGUCCCCGCUUGGUCAGCGGUACGGCACGCCGGAUGUGGGUCGAAUGCGCGAACUCGAGCAGCAACUGGAUCAUUCGGCGAAGGCGCACGAGGAGCUGCGCAUGACCUUCGAGCAACGGGAACAAGAAGUCCAACGCGAAUGGGAAGAGAAGAUCGCAGCGUUGGACAACGACCAUCAAGCGGCCGCCCGUUACGUCCGCGGCAUCGAGAAGAUGCUCGCGAAGAUGAAAACCGAGCUCACGCGCGCCAAAGAUCGCAAUGUCGAGCUCGAGAAGGAGCUCAGCACGAACAUCAACGGCGAUUCGCCCCGGGACGGCGAGGCCGACAAAUUGGCUGAGAGCCUUGCGGAGAGCCAAAAGGCAUGGGAAACCGAACGGAAGGAAAUGCGCAAGGAGUUCGGCGCCCUCCAAUCGGAGACGCAAACCACCAUCGCCACGCUCGAAGUCAAAAUCACCUCCCUCCAAUCCUCGCUUUCCUCCGCCGAAGAAGAACGUCAAACCCUCGCCAAAUCUGCGAAAGACGCCACCGAGGCCCAGGAAGCGCGCCUGCAGGACCUCACCACCAAGUCGGCGGCAGACCUAGAUCAUCUGCAGAACGAGAACGCCCUUCUCGAAGAACGCGCCCGCGACGCCGAGCGCCGGGUCCAGAUGUUCCUCGACCAGUUUGAAUCGUCCGUGGAUAACUAUCGUCGCCAGAGCCGCCUCGAAGGGACCCCUGGCAUGCCUGGCGCUGCGUUAGCGGCCCUAGACCACAAUCCUCACGACUCAAUCAGCGGCGAGAGCGUAUACAGCACCGAUAGCGCUCUACCUACCGGUGAAGACGAUGAUGACGAUAGCGGCGACGUGACUCCCUCCGCCGCGCAGUUCCCGAUCAUCUCCCCCCUCGGCACCACACCUGGCACCACUAGCAUCGGCCACGCGCGCGACCGCAGCAGCACCGCGCUCGACAGCCUAGCCUCCGAGCUCGACGCGCUGCGCACGCAGUGGGAGACGACGAACCAGGCGUAUCGGCUGAGCGACCGGUUCGAUUUCGACGGGCGCACCCCAACGUUCGAAACGCAGGGGUUCACCUGGGGACAGCGGCUCGAGCAGCAACGGUCGAAAGAUGAGGGCGCCGCGGGCGGGGAGGUGAAGGGGGAUGGGGCGGAGACGACAGAGGAGACGAAGAAUGCGGUGGUCACGGCGGCGAGUAUGGGCCCGAAUGGCGUGGGCAUCGUGACGGGCGUUUAGGGGGAGGUGGGGGUUCCUUCGUGAUGAAAAUACCUUCGAUGCAUGCAGGCUUUCUCCUCGGCAUAGACUCGUGUUGGCAUCGACUGUCCGGU